UUUUUAUUUUUGAACGUGUCAAGUUACUCGGCAUAUUUUUGACAUAACAUGAAUAAGAGAAAUUGAAGCGUUGUUUUAACUAAAGGAAGUCUGUAUUUUAAGAAGUUACAAGAAACAGUUGAAAUUAAGUCCAAUUAUGGCUCCCGUAGAACAAGAUGUCGAAAUGAAGAACGUAGAUAGCCCCGCUGCUACAAGCGAUGUCGAAACAACUGAAGUAAAAAAAGAUGCAGACGUUCUUGCUGUGCAAGAUUUAAGGGAACAUGUCAGACAAAUUGAUAAAGCAGUAUCGUCAAAAGAACCACGAUUUGCAAUGCGUGUUCUGAGGUCUCUUCCAAGUACUAGGAGGAAGUUAAAUGGAAAUGUACUUCGCGCUAUUAUAAACCAACUUUAUCCUGCAAGUUCAGACAAAGAAACUUUAAUCGGUUUCAUUGAAAAUCCUUUGCCUGGUGCUGUGGAGAUUGAAGCCCCACGUUCUAGAAGUGCCCCUAAGACACCAGCUCCGGAAGUAGAUGCUUAUUUACAUCUGUUAGUCUUACUUCGCUUAUUGGAUACCAAUAAACUAGAGGAUGCAGUUGAAUGUUCUCAGCAGUUAAUGAAUAAAAUAACAGCUCAAAAUCGAAGAACUCUAGAUUUAAUUGCUGCUAAGUGUUAUUUUUAUCAUUCAAGAGUUUUUGAGCUGACCAACAAGUUAGACCUUAUCAGAGGAUUGUUACAUGCACGCUUACGUACAUCAACAUUACGCAGUGACUUUGAAGGCCAAGCUGUUCUGAUCAAUUGCCUCUUGCGUAAUUACCUUCAUUAUGCACUAUAUGAUCAAGCAGAUAAAUUGGUAAGUAAAUCAGUUUUUCCAGAAAAUGCCAGUAACAACGAAUGGGCAAGAUUUUUGUACUAUCUUGGCAGAAUUAAGGCUGCUAGAUUAGAAUACAGUGAUGCUCAUAAGCAUUUAGUUCAAGCUCUACGUAAAGCUCCCCAAACUGCAGCGGUUGGAUUCCGACAAACUGUGCAGAAAUUAGCCAUUGUAGUUGAGCUUUUGCUAGGUGAUAUACCUGAGCGUGCAAUAUUCCGCCAAGCUCAAUUACGAAAAGCAUUGGCUCCUUACUUCCAACUUACUCAAGCAGUGAGAUUAGGAAAUUUGCAAAGAUUUGGAGAAGUUUUGGAAAACUUUGGACCUCAAUUCCGUAGCGAUCAUACUUUCACCUUGAUUCUUCGUCUAAGACAAAAUGUAAUCAAAACAGCUAUCCGUUCAAUUGGAUUGUCUUAUUCAAGAAUUUCUCCAAAGGAUAUAGCUAGAAAGCUAGGCUUAGAUUCAGCAGAGGAUGCUGAAUUCAUUGUGGCAAAAGCCAUUCGUGAUGGAGUUAUUGAAGCUACACUUGACCCUGAAAAGGGAUACAUGAGUAACAAAGAAAGCUCAGACAUUUACUGUACAAGAGAACCACAGCUGGCUUUCCAUCAGCGUAUAUCAUUCUGUCUGGAGUUACAUAAUCAAAGUGUAAAGGCUAUGAGAUACCCACCAAAGUCUUACGGAAAGGAGCUAGAAAGUGCAGAAGAGAGAAGGGAACGUGAACAGCAAGAUUUGGAAUUGGCGAAAGAAAUGGCUGAAGAGGAUGAUGAUGGUUUCCCUUAAAUUGAUGUUUUAAAUAUUUUUGUGUAUUACAUGUAGUCUUCUUCAUAAUAAAAUAUACAACAUACUAA